CAAUGAAUUUACUCCAUUUCUAAUGUAAUUAUGUUUAGUGCCAUUGACAGUUGCCAAACUUAAUUACAUUAGUUAAUUUCUCUUCCUAUCUGCCAUUUUUGCAUAUAAUAUUCCUUUAUAAGCCACACUCGUACACAAUCUGAUGAGUAGAUCAAAGCUUGACAAGUCAAAAACCGACAGAGCGAAAGGUUUGGCAAUUUAUUUAAAUCACUUUGCUUAUUAGUUAAUUAAUUAAUUAAUUUCCCAUGUUUAUAGCAAAUUAAAUUUGUUGCGUCACCAAAGCAAGCUGUAUUAUUAAAAUUCUGAUGGGCAAACAUGUUUUGCUCAGUCUCAAAACUGCUUUGACCGAACCUUUCCCUGUCUGAUUUCGUCAAAAUAAAAACCUCACAUUUCAUUAGAAAAAUUCUGACUUUAUCUUAUUCAUUACUUAUAAAAAGAGUGUCAAAAGAAAGGAGUUUUGAAGUGUUUACAGACAAUGGAGAAACAGGCUAAACCCAAGAACAAUAUCUUGAAAUUUUUGCCAAAAGCAGCUUCGGCUAUCAGUGUCACCUUUCAAAACCCUCCUUUCAGCCCUGGCCGAGACAAGAGACCGGACAAUCAUACAGGCAAGCAUAAAGGUUAUGCAGGCAAAGGAUUCUCUGGUCCGAUCAUUUCGAUAAUUCCUCGUGAAGCCCGAAGAAAGUCCAAGACUGAAACCUUUGAAACUCAGGAACCAACUUCACCGAAAGUGUCAUGCAUGGGACAGAUCAAGCACAAGAAAAGCAUCAAAAAAGCUAAGCGUGUUUCGCCUCCUAAAGUGUCCAAGCCUGUCUCUGAAUCUUCUUCUUCUGGAGAAGUAAAGAAGCAUGCAUCAAAGUUAAGGCGAAUCUUUAGCAUGGCAAAACCAGCAAAGAAAUCUGUUGCAUCUAGUAAUAAGACUGAGUUGCCUGAUAGAGCGCCUUCUUUGGGCCAAAUGAAGCGGUUUGCAAGUGGGCGUAAUGCUUUUGCCAGUUUUGACUGGAUGUCUCAGAUUGCACCCAUGGAUGCUGAUCAGAGGGAUUAUUACUCUGAUGAAGAGAGAGUAGAUAGUGAUUUUGAAGAGGAAGAAGUGAUCAUUCCUUUCUCGGCCCCAAUGACGGUUGGUGGAGGCGUGCCUUUGCAGCCAAGGAAAGAAAUUAACUUAUGGAAGAGAAGAACAAUGAAUCCACCUCGGCCCCUCCGAUUGAAUUCCAUGGUCAGCGCAAAUUGAUAGAUAUUUUUUUGUUUUGUUCUUUGUAACUCCCUGUUCUUUCUUUUUUUUCUUACUUCUCAUAUAUGGAUUGUGCAAAUAUAGAAUGAUAAAAUCUGGAGAAUCUCAAAUUGGCAUUUGGCCUAAUGGGAAUCUGUUGAUUCCUGGUUUCUGUACAGAUAAAUAUUGCUUGUGCUUUCCUUCUGCUUAUGCUUGUGGAGAUUACUUUGAAACAAAGUGUUGCAAUUUGAAUCAAACAAAGGAUAAGGAUUGAAGGAAGGGAAAUAAUUUACUAGAAUCGUGUAUUCAUCCGAUAAGAGGAAAAUGCAUAACUUAAUUUUGUUUC